UUCGUGAUCUAGACGGAAGUGAUUCUUGUUUCUGUGAAAAUAAUUAUCAAAAAAACUUUAAUGUCAACACAUGUACAACUAUCCUUCAUCGUGUACGAAUUUCACUUGUAAAAAACAAGGCGCGGCGACUCCCGGCAGCUAGCGUGCUACAAUCACGUGACGGGCGACGUCACUUUAUUUUGAUUACUCGCGGUUAUUGUGCGGGUGCUCGCAGACCGUCAAUACUUCAGUAUGAAUUAGUGGGCGCGGUUAUUUUUUGGAUGUACUCGGGCCUCAGAAGGGCUACUUCUGCAUAGAUCCAUUUAAUUUGUCUCUGUAUUUUCGGACCAUGGAUUCACUUGAACCUCUCACCUGGCUACCGUUGGUUACACUGCGAUGGCUUCCAACCGAACAGAUUCCCCGUUGAUAGAACGCGCGUCUGACUCGUUUCAGAUGAUUCAGAAAACGUAGUGGACCACUCGAGACCAAACUUUGAGGUGUAGCUAAGCGUGACUGUCUUGAAAGCUAGUCCUCCCGGUGACCCGUUUGAGUGCGUCGAGAUGUGCACCGAGUCUCAUCAGGGGCCGCCCAGAUCCGCUGCAGGUGGACGAGGAUACUGCAGCUGCUGUAAAGUCCUCUACAACAACCUGGCCCAGCACUUGACCAGUCUCAGGCACCUGGAUUCUGUCCAAGCAUCUUCCAGAGGCUCCAGCUGUAGCUCUGCCUGCAGUAGCCAAACUAAACGGACUCUUAUGGAACGUUUUCUGCAGGAUGUUUUGGAGCACCAUCCACACCUCUAUCACGACCCCAGGCCACCUCACGCAGACCUUCCGCUGGCCUCUCCCCCCCUGCCUCAGAAGGAGAUGGUUUUGCAACAUAUGGCUGGUGAUCAUUCACCAAGGGAAGGAGAACCGAUGGAGAAACAGGCCGAACCAGCCAGAGACCAAGGGCCAAGGCGGGCAGCAACAUUGUCUGUCUGCCAGACGACUCCCACGCUCCCAGCAAAAGCUCAAAGAAAGACCAACAGGACGUAUUCCAAGAAGGCCCCGUUUUCUACAUUCAGCUCGGGUAGUCCUUGUCCCUUUAUAGCUCAGGAGUCCACUCCAGGACCCAGCACUGGUCUAGGUCCAAAACACAGGAGAGACGUGUGGAAGGAGCUGCUUUUAUUGACAGACGAACCAGACAGUGUGGACCAAACCAUCGAGGAGGUGAUUCAGACAUACUGUUACAGUGACGGGUCUACUUCCUGUCAGUGGGUGGAGACGGAGAGCUUCCACUUGAGUAUCGCUGUUUCCCUGGAAUCUCUGAGCGAUGACUGGGACACCACGGGCCAGAUUAUUUCAUCCUCACAUCUUGCCGGCUGUGACUCUCCUGUCAAGGCAAGACUGGACAUCAGUCUCCUCAUGGAUGUCCAGGUGGACCUAGAGGACCAGGUGUACACCAAGCAGCUGGACUCUGCCCUCCACGGCCGUGUUUCGGCAGGAAGCAGGGUCAGACAGGAGCCCAGUUUCCUGACUAUUCCUAUUGAGCGGGUCUUUCCGUUGCCAAAACAUUUCCCAGAUUCAUUCAGAGGCAAAAGCUGGGCUCAGAUAGAGCGGGAGGAUGAGGAGAAGAUUACAAGAAUGAUUCAGCAGUUCAGACGACAACAAUUUGUCUGCUACUUCGACAGUGAGUCUCUGGCCAGGUAUGGGAAGCACAGGCAUAAAAAGAUGGAGGCUGUCGAUUACCAAGAGUUGGAUCCGGAACCCUCCUUAGAUGAGGAAGAUCGACCUUUGGUAGUGCGGAGGAAGAAGAGACUGAAAAGCUUCAGGCUUGCAUCCAGGUGCCAGGUGGUCAAAAUCAGCCAUGCAACACAGACCACCUCUGUACCUCAAGCCAAGCAUCACACUGAGGAGAGGCCCUCCAGCCUCCCUCCAUCAUACUCCAACGUCAUCAUGCCACUCCAGCCAAACACCUCACUGCUCUACCUGCUCCACUCCCCAGAGCGCUCCACCCCUUCUCUCCCACCAGCUUCAGGACUGGUAGCCAAACAAUCCAGGAAGAGAAGGCACCCACAAGAUCUUCAGGGGUUACAGUUGAAGUACAAGCCACUUCCUUUUCAAUUCUAUGACCUCAAGAACAACUGCAUUCUGCCCCAAGGAGCUGCACAAUCAACCCAGAUACAACCGUCUGGAACUGAACUCUUUACAACUCCAAGCCCCACCCCCUCUCAACGGACACUGCUGCCAUGUGACCGUCAAUUGUUCAGAAGUCCUAGUCCCACUCACUCACACCAGACACUACAGCCAUGUGUUCGUAGACUCUUCACAAGUCCGAGUCCCAAGUCGCAGCAGUUGCCUACCUAACAUCUUCCACCGUUCUCAUUUUACAAAUGACACUUGGCACUUUUGAUGAUCAAAAUGUUUUAUUUCGUUAUUUUCAACUCAUCGCACAAGCGUGGCUGAUUUGUGAUAGAACUCUGGGUUAAAUUCUAUUUUCCUAUUGAUAAAGUU